GGUUGUGCAAUGGAGACGCGAAAGCCCGGAAACUCUUACUCCGGUCAGCCUCGGAGCGGGCGGCUGUAUGUGGAAACAUGACCCAGAACUGCAGCGGAAGCGGCAGCCGCACGCAACUGAGCGUUUCUGCGUGUUCUCCCAGCCAGCAUCGCCCGUCGGUGGACCGCGGGGCUGCGGAUGCCAGAAGCAAAUGUAUUACUGACUUUUUCAAACCAACUCUCAAAAAAGAUAGAACUGUGUUGUGCUCUCCAGAAAAAGGAAAUGGACGAGCUGGACAUACAGUUUCAUGUGUAGGCCAUGUUAAAAAAAAUGCAUCUUCUUCAAAGCAACAUAGAAGGAAGAAAUUGCCUUGCUCACCAUCAGGCAGAAGCCCAAUAAUUGAUGCUUUAUUCCGAAAGGCUAAGUCAGAGAAAAACAACAGUUCAGAAAAUAGUGUUAAUCAUCCAAAACCUGUGGUUCGGAGACUGUUCAUAUCUAAGGCCUUACCUGAUGGUUCUUUCAUAUUAAAAGAUCCUAUUUAUUCAAAAAAUUCAGAAAGAAAUGAGAAAUAUCCUGUUCAGACAAAGACACAUUUAAUGGAUAAUAGUAGUAGACAACAUAAAGCAGAAUAUGAAGACCUAGACUCAACUGGUUCAAGCUUGAAUAAAUGGCCUUUCACUUCAGGAAAUAACAGUCUGAAGAAGCAGAGUCAUGCAACUCAGUGUCAAAAAACAGUCUAUUCCAGGUUGCCACAAGUCAGUUCUUCAUCUCCGAAAUCAUUAGGAACCGUUCGCAAAAAGAGACAAGAGAAGGGCACCAAAGAUUUUUUAAGGAAAAAUUCAAGCUCAACUUCACUGGAAUCUUCUUCAGAUGAGUCUUCUUCAGCACAAACUUCAAAAAGUGUGUUUUGUUCAGGAUUAAGCUCUGAUAAAACUAUUGUCACAAAAAGCCAGCCCAGUCCUACAGCAUAUUCCAGUGCUACAACUUCAUUCGGUACAGCUAACCAUAAACAUCCUAGAAAACGGAAAAGGGUUUCAUCAAAAACAAAUGUGAAAAAUGUACAGUAUGUCCAGAAGCUAAAUAAACACAAAUAUGGUAGUUCACAAAUUCCCCAUAAUACUAAUUACUCAAAACACAGAAUAUCUGCUCACAAUUCCCAGCCAGCAGAUACAGAUCUGUCUAGCAGUAACUUGCCUAUUUCAGUAGAAAAAUAUGAAGCUGAAGAAAAUGAAAAUAAAUCAUAUAGAUGCAUUAUAAGUAAAAACAACCAAAUCCAAAUUUCAGAUACUAGCAAGAGGAAAUUACAGACAUCUACUCCUCUUAUUUAUUUAGAAACAAGAAGCUAUAAUGCUUCUACAGUUCCUUCAGAAAAAAUUGCUGAGCCACUUAAAUGUUCUUUGGGAGAGUCUAAGACAACAAGUAAGACAACACUUGAAGAUUAUACUUGUGACAUUAUUCCUAAUUCUUCAUGUAACUUGAAUAAAUCUAACCAUGAAACAUAUGAGUUAAUUCAAAAAUUAAAGAGCAUUUCUGACAGUGAUGCUGAAGCGUCUGAUUGCAGCGUGAACAGUAGUGAAGAAGAGACACUCAUCCCUCUUGAAAAAAUACUGUUCCAAAGUGUCAGACCACCUGCAAAAAAGUCAGAAGAAGCUAUGCAUGAGGAUGAAAUAGAAAGCACAAUUUCUGCAACACAUAACACUUCUCUUUCUAAAGCUUUUACUGAGCGUGGGGCCUCAUACAUGAAUCAUUUGGAGCAUCUCCUGAAAGAGAAGGAAGAGUUAAGGAGGGUAGAUGAAUUAGAGAACCAGUUACAGCACGUUAAAGAGAGAGUUGAAAUAAACUCUGAACCUGAAGAUCAAUCUACUGAUGGUGAAUUAUUUGCUGAACAUAGAGAAUUUAUAGAAAAAUACUCAUUCAGCCAGGAUGCUAUUCCCGACCAGCACCCUGGAGAAAACAUAUUUCAAAUAGUGAAUGCUGGGAAAAUCUUCAACCAGAAUAAUCUUGAUUUGAGAAACUUUGAUUUUCAUCCUCAAAAUCUGAUUGAAAAAUAUCUUCUUAGAUCUGGAAUAACACAGCAGCUUUUUGUAACUAUUGAAGGCUUACUUGCAUCUACUUACCAUAAUUGUCCUUGUCCCGUACCAAUUUUAAAAUGGAUGUUUCAGAUGAUGUCAAUUCACCCAGAUAGCACAGUUUCAAGAAAAAUUUUGGAUACGUUGAUGCUAUUAACAAUUAGAAAUUUUUCUGAUAAGAAUGACAAACAGAAGCCAUGGAUUCCAUCAUUAUUUGAUAUAACAACUGUGUUAAUCAAUAUGGGUAUUUCCUUCAAUGUGUUAUUUCCUUUGCAACAUUUUCAGCCUGGCUAUACUGAAAAUGAUAUUAUGUCUGAAAUGCACGUAACUGUGAAUAAACAAUCAAAAAGAGACAUCUGUAUAAACCCAACAACUUACUUUCUUCUAAUAGAGAGCAAUCUUUGCAAUAUAGCAAAGUUUCUACAGCUGUGUAUAAAUGUAUGUCCAGAAGGUUACACAGACAGAGAAAUAUUUAUAUUGCUACUGCUACUAUCUAAAUUAAGUUUGGAAACACAACUGAAGCAAUUUCCACUAGUAGACUUGGAGUGCCUUGUUAUAAAAUUGCUUGAAAAUAUCAGAAACUGGGAUACUGAGAUGUCCCAGUUAUCCUUGGCAAUAAGUUGUCUAUCCAACCACCAUCAUAAUCUCUUGUGGCUUGUUCAGUUUGUCCCCAAUUGGACAACUCGUGGGAGACAAAUAAGACGACAUCUUAGCUUGGUAAUAAUCUCAAAACUUCUUAAAAGCCAUGUGAAAAUACCCAGUACCCAUGAUCAUCAGAUGUCAUUACUGUGUAAGGAGCUAGUGAAGAUGAAACCUUCAGGUCUGUUAAAGAGGCUGUCAGAAACUUCAGGCCAUGAUGAUGGUGUUACAGGGCCUUUUCUUUCUGAAUCUGAACACCAGGCUUAUUAUCUGACUUAUGUCCUCCUUCACUUGGUUAGGGAAGCUAGCAAUUUUGAGCGUACAAGUUCCAAUAAAAGAAAAUGGCUGUUAAGACUCUGUAGCAUCCUAGAAAAACAUGUAAAGUGUGAUAUUAGGGAAGAUGUCAGACUGUUUUACAGAACUAAGGUAAAAGACUUAGUUGCUAGAACAUACAGCAAAUGGCAGCAAAUGAUACACAGUUCUCAGCUUAUUCAGGGUCAGAUCCAUGACUUUUGGGUCCCAGAUACUUAAAAAAUAGAGGCUGGAUGAUCAAAUGACCAAGAAAAUGAGUGGGAAGACUACAUUAUUGUCUAAGAAGAGGCAUUCUUAUAAAGUGCACUUAACUUCCCCAAUUACUUAAUUGGGCAACUUUAGUAAACUGUAUUUUUUAAAAGAUCCAUUUAACAUUGAGAAAAUUGCUUCUUUCUACAUGAUAAUAAUAUCUGGUUUUUCUUAAGUCAAUCUAAAUUGGAUGAAUACAUUUUUUUUUUAAAUCAAGGCAGGAUUAUUUUGUCCUUUUUACAACAAAUAUGGUUCUUACAUUCCUACUGUGAAGCAGAAUUUAAAAACUAUCAUUGGUAUUUGUAUACAGUAUUGAAGAUGUGUCUCUGGUGACUUUACAAUAGUAUCAGUUAUAUGAAUGUGGCUUUUAACUUGCAUUAUUAGCAUAUCAAAUUAGUUUUUGAAGUGGGAAGAAACAGUAAUUUGA